AUGAAGAAUGUAGAGUUCUUUAGUAGUGAUUAAAACUAAAUAAAAAGAUACAGGUAUGUUACUAAAUUCUUUAAUACUGAAUAGAAACAAUAAGUCAAUAUGAAAUAGACCUAAUUAUAAAUGAAUUAGAAAGUUAAUAAAAAUUAGAAUAAAAUAAACUUGAAUUUAAAAGAAUAAGAUAAAGAAAUGAUACAUUAUUAUAAGUUUAUUGAAGCGGAGGAAUAAAUAAUAAUUAAGAUAUAAAAAUAGAAUAGAGAAUUAAGAUUGCACAUUUCAUAUUUCUAAUUUUAGAAUGAAGUAAAAGACGAUGAAUCGAAAGUGAAGGAAUAAUCCUCUAUUUAUUUGUAAUCUAAUUCAAAUAAAUAUGACAAUCAAAAAAAACUCAGUUUUUAAAAUAAAUGA